AUGUCCGUUGCCAAUGCGGCGUACCUCACGCUAAACGGCAGCUGCCUCACGGCAGGGGAGCAGACAGCGCUGCAGUGUUCGCUGCCACUCUUGUCGCAACGCUACCGCGGCACACCAAUGCAGCUCUGGGGUAAGGUCACGGGGAUCAAGACACACUACUGGGUCGUGCAAGCUUUCCCGAACGGCGAGUUCGCACCGGCCGUCAGCUUCUACAGCGUUGAUGGUGGGAACACGUGGGCGAUGCUUUCUGCGCUGACGGAGGAGCAGGCGGCCCUUUGUGAGGCCCUCCGCGGUCCCUACCAAGGCGUGCCGAGCUACGAGUAUAGGAUGCGUCAAGAUCUCCCGGCCGAGACGGACGAGGCCGCCGUGACGAUGCCGACGCCGGAUGACACUGUGAAGAAGGCUGAGGAAGACAUCGCCGCCGCCCGCGCUGCUGGCGGCGCCAACAGCGACGACGACGAUGAGGAGCAGAGCGAUGAGGAGGAUGAGGAACAGGACGGCGUCGCCGUGCCUGCGCCACGUAAGCGCACGGCAAAGUUCCGCAUCCUUAGCAUCACGGAGGCGAUGCGCUUAGCCCACUUCGUGCUGCUACAUGACGCAGACUGCCGCCUGGCGGUGCGCGGUAUGUUCGUCCUGCAAGACGGUGCGGCUGUGGGUGUGCGUAACAGCACCUUUGGUGGCCAGCCUCUGCACCACGCGAAGAAGCCGUCGUGCUACGUAAAGAUGGCGUGUGCGGGGAAGGAGGAGCGGAACCGUGUUCUCUACGGCCCCACGUACAACCCGCACACGGAUUACCUGAUGCCCAUCACAGACGAUGCUCCAGCAGGUGUGUGGUCUGUCAAGUACAACGCAACAGCGAACGUUGUGAGCGUGCGCAAUCUCUUCUACGAAGGCUCUCUCUUCUGGUACCGUCCGGGCACACUGGAGUGCGGACAGAUCUACUGCGGCUCUGGAGAGCGCAACUUUGACGUAUGCUUCAUGUUGUCGACGGUUGCUCCUAGGACGUAG